CGCCGUCGCCAUGGUAACCGCGGAAGUCAGGGGCCUGGGGAGCGGUGUUUUUGGGAUUAAUGGAGCCAGAAGGACCUCCAGAAUCAGAGAGUUCAGAAAAAGCAUUUUUCUCACAGCAAGAAGACAAUGAAGAAGAAGAAGAUGAAGAAGAACCAAAAGAACCAGAGGAAACAGUCCCUCUUAAUCCCCUCUUACAACCUGCUCUCACAGGGGAUGUAGAAGGUUUGCAGAAGAUUUUUGAGGAUCCUGAGAACCCUCAUCAUGAUCAGGCCAUGCAGCUACUCUUGGAAGAAGACAUCGUUGGGAGAAAUUUGUUGUAUGCAGCUUGCAUGGCUGGGCAAAGUGAUGUGAUUAAAGCUUUGGCAAAAUACGGUGUGAAUCUGAAUGAAAAAACCACCAGAGGUUACACACUCUUACACUGUGCUGCAGCCUGGGGCCGUCUGGAAACUUUGAAAGCACUAGUGGAGUUGGACGUUGAUAUAGAAGCGCUGAAUUUCCGGGAAGAAAGAGCUCGAGAUGUUGCUGCUCGGUAUUCCCAGACGGAGUGUGUGGAAUUCCUGGACUGGGCAGAGGCAAGGCUGGCUCUGAAAAAAUAUAUUGCAAAGAUCUCUGGAGCUGUUACAGACACAGAAAAGGGACCAGGGAAGCUCUUUAAGGAAGACAAGAAUACCAUCCUCACUGCAUGCCGUGUAAAAAAUGAGUGGUUGGAAACCAAUCUGGAAGCUUCCAUUAACGAGAUUUUUGAACAGAAACAACAAUUGGAAGAUAUUGUGACUCCUAUCUUCACAAAAAUGGCAACACCGCGUCAUGUGAAAAGUGGCAAAUCUGUAGCCUAAGCCAUGGUCAGAAAAGAAGUCAAGAUCAUACCUUCUACUGAACAUGUAUUUUAUAAAAGACCACACUUCCUUCUAGUAUUUAUAAAAGCAAACUUAAUACGCCAACCGACGUUAAGAAAAUCGAUGUGGGGUUUUAUAAAAAGGUUUAAGUAUGAAAUUAAAUCACCCUUUUCAAAAUUUUACCCUAUUCAGCAUGCUUACAUCCAGACGCUCUGGCCUUGCCUCUGCCCCAAGUGCAGGACCCUGUGAGUCCCACAUGCUCUUUCCAGAGAGCACGCGGGUGCAAAUCACUCACCAAGGCUCUCCGCAAGCCCUCCCAUCUGCACAGAGAACCUAACAAUUUUCUGUGUAACUGAGGCAGGACAUUUCCAUUCAACUGAGGAAUUAUAUUAAAAAAAAAAAAAAGAUGUAUUAGUUAGAAAAAAUUCGUUCUUCCUUUCUCAAAAGAAAACUG